UGUUCUCCUCCUCCUUUCUCACCCCGUGAUACUCGUUACUGCGACUUGAUGCGAGCGAGACAAGAGAGGUCCGAGUUCAAUCAGGUCCUAAUCAAUUAAAGUCCAUAUGACAUCAGUCUCGCUCUGCCCGAACUGAUCGAUUUCGAUUAUCCGCCCAUCCAAUCUUGAUACCAAGGCAGACCAGAGACAGUGCUCACGCAGAAUCCCCUCUUUAGCUCUCUCUCUCGCGCUCUUCCUGCCGUGUCGUGUCAGCCCGGGCGCUCUCCAUCCAAUCCCUGUCGCUGUUCUCAUCAUCCUCCCUGCGCCUGGUCCCCACUGGGCCUCACACACGGCGGCCACAGGUACAGCCAUACGCGGUACAGCGCCCACUGAGAGACGGCCUAGCCCCCAUCUCCAGCAGGUCCCAAGACGCCUCCGCACGCCAGCUGCUGCGCCUGAGGGGCCCUAUUCUUUUUUCUCUCUUUCCCUUCUUGCCCGCAUUCACCUGCACUUGUACUGCAGGGCGCGGUGCAGUACACUAAUCUUGGGCACCACACCUUGCACCUCGUCUUGGCUGCAUCAUUCUACAAUCAACCUCCAUCUCCUCCCUUGGUCGCACUCAUACUCUCACUCUCACUCUCACUCUUACUCUUACUCUUACUCUUCUGCCCUUCCUCAUUUUCUAGAGAUUGUUUUCGCUAUUCCGUCUCAGUCAGAAUUAAUCGACAUUUGCGUCUCGUCCAUUUGAUAGAGAGUAAUCGACGACUACUCACUCACCUUUACUAACCUUUACCGCUUCGACAUAUCUGCACCUGGCUAAUUGUCGACCCUACCUAUCCUGGUUCACGAUUUGCUCUUUAAUCACCAGCUUUACCCUCUCGACCGUCCACCAACCUAGCCGGUCUUGACUCAUCUGCGACAAUACUCUAAACCGCUUUGAUCUGCUGAUAUUUCUUCGUCAACGCGACCCGGUCAUCUUCAUUCCUGCGGACCAAAGUCGCUUCUAUAUUCGGAGCAACUCCCAGAGACCGUGAACGAACGAACCCCAGAUACCGGCUGCUCGUCCUAUUGAACGCUCCGACCAAGUCACGACAGCCCUGUCAAAGCAGCCCCACAGCUCAUUACUACCUUGAACUCCACGCUCCAUCCAAUACAGCGUUUGGUUCAACCAUUUUGCUCAGUACCGCAGCCCCAUUGACCCGAUAUCGAGCUUCGUUACUCGAUCGACAUGGGCAAACACACGCGUUUUCCCAGUUCCACUGGGCCGCUACAAAUAUUCCAGGACGACAUGCCAGAGAAUGUCACCCCAAUGACCAGUCACGCUCCUAUGCCCUCUGCCCCAAAGCAAGCCCGAAGGCCCUUGACCAGCUCAACCUCAAACGUCGUUUUCAACCCGCCCACCGCCUCUCACAAUGCGCACUCGCCCUUCAAGCAACGGCCUUCCUCCGCCUCGCAAAUCCCAUUGGCCUCGGCCCACGGCAACAAAUUAAACAUGGUCGCGAUGGCGCCUCCAUCCAGGCGAAGCCAUACCACGGAUUCGUUACAAAAGAAACCUUACCUAUCGAACUUUAAGACGGUGCCUCAAAAGCAAAAUUUUGACAUGGCUUGGGAUUACGGAAAGGAGAACGUCCACCCUCAGCUCUUCCCGGCACCUCCUGCGAUUGAUUCGUCGGUCAGCAACUACUAUCAGAAGCCAAACGGCAAGCGCGCUCUCAUGGAGGCUGCUCCCAUCAAGGAAUUCAGGCCUGCCAAGAAGACAAAGGCUGAGCCAGUGGCAGCGACAGCGACAGCGACAGAGCCUGAAGCAGAGACAGAGGCGACAACUGUUAUUCCUCCCCACGAUAGUUUCCCUCCAAUUAUCGAUGAUGGCAACAAACCCGCCCUCAGCUACGCCGACCUGAUCGCCAUGGCCAUCUUCCGAUCCCCAAACCGACGACUGACACUUGCUCAGAUUUACAAGUGGAUCAGCGACAACUACUCCUUUUAUAGCCCUACUGAUGCUGGCUGGCAAAACAGCAUUCGCCACAACCUCAGUCUCCAGAAGGCUUUUGUAAAGAUCGAGAGACCUAAGGAUGACCCUGGUAAAGGCCACUACUGGGUGAUUAAGCCCGGUCACGAAGCACAGUACCUGAACAAGAAGCCGACUCGCAAGUCUGCCUCCGCAUCCGAGAACCUUCACGUCAUGUCGACUCGACUCGAGCCUUCCCGACCGGCUUCGGCACCGACUCAGGAACCUACACUACCGCCCCCUGUUCCAACCUGCCAGCCGGCUCUGCCACCUCUUCCUACCUCCCAGGCCACCAUGUCAAUGCCAGUCGAUCUCUCGUCCGACGCUACCAUUCCUGUCUCGGACAACCUGGGUCCCGAGGAUGCUGCUGACAAGGCCGACCAAGAACUCUCUCUCGACUCAUAUCUCUACUCGCCUCUGCCUGCCGCCAUACACUCGUCACCGCCUGUCUCUCGGCAUGUGGAUCAUCGAAGUAACACGCCGCCUACCGCCUCCCGAAAUAUUGCUUCAUCUGUCUCACGGUCUCAUAAGCGCAAAUUUGCAUCCAUGGACGACAGCGGUUACUAUUCUUCUGUCGAGAUGUCAUCCGCUAUCAGGCCUAGCCAAAAGUUCAUGCUGACAUCUGAGGCUGACCGCCCUCGAAACAAGUCGAGGGGCCGUGCUGAGGAGGAGAUCGCCCGUAUUCGGAAAUCAUCUCCUUUUAGCCCGACCAAGACACGAUUCUAUUCCGCCAUUCCACCUGUCUCUUCGUCUCCUCUCCGACCAGCGUACGACAAGCAGAUGCUGCCACCGAUUACUCCUAUGGUCAAACUUAAUCCUCCUGCUCGACCACCCCCAUCAGCCUCUCCAAACACCAACCUUCGACUUCACCGCGACGCGGUCCGGAACAUGCUCCAGUCACCCGAUAGGAAAGGCGACGCUGAGAACAUUCCUUAUAGCCCAGCUUUCUACCUAGGCAACGACUUCUGUCCGUCCAACUUCGGUGUGAGUAUCCUUAGUGAUGGAGAGUUCUCUAUGAAUCAGGACUUGACUGGUAUGGGUUGCCUUGAGGAUGGUUCUUUCCCUGUCAUGAGCUCAGUCGAGGCUGGGUCUCCUAUGAAGCGUCCCGCGAAACGUAUCCGUCUAGAUCGAACUGUUUCCGCAUCAGUUCUUGGCGAUAUCACCAACUCCGCUGCCAGAAAGCCCAUCGCCUCUGCUCCACUACUACGGCCACCUGAGCAGUCUAUGCAGUUCGAUACCCCGAGCAAGGCAUUUGAGGGCCUGAGCUCCCCAAGCAAGAUGUUCCAGGAAUCUCCUUUGCGAAAUCAGUCCACAAAGUUUGCCGACUUCUUGAACGUUUCCUUGGAUCCCAAUGACUGGACUUCGGGGGCUAUGAUGGACCAACUAGACUUUACCCGCCCCAACGCUGGCGGCAUUACAGAUAUGCCGGAGCUCGACAUUUUCAAGGGUUUUGACAAGAUUGGAUCCACAUCACAGAACAACAGCAGAAAUCUCCCAAGGAGCAACAAGCCCGGAUUACCGCGAAGCUAUACGACUCAAUUUUAAACCCAAGACGACACUGAAAACGAACGUGGCAAGAUGACGAAAUAAGCAUAAAUAUGUAUGAGAUUCAUGAUUUGACGAAAGAAUAUAAAAACAUAACAAUUCCUUCGAGAACUGACCUAUACACAAGGCCCAAUUGUGGCUUGUAGAUGUUGGGUCGUGUCCGGUAUGGACUAGAACAGAGAGACUCGGCAUCAGCCGAGUGCUCGGAUGGCUUCACAGCUAGCGGUUGACGACGAUAAUGACUUUGGGGCGCGUUCUGCUCGCUCACAAGGCUUGGGAUGCUGAAUAGCAAUUUUGUGGGAUAUGUUUUGGCUUGCGUUUCCCUUUACCUGUUUAUGUUAUGCUAUUCUCUGCCAGGAGUUUGGAUGGUUCUCUGGGAGGAAUGAUGAAUGGUAUUGCGCGCAUAUUACAUGUUCUCGCUUUUUGGGGGGUUUGCUUACUUUGGUUUUCGGGAAUGGAAAGAACAGGGAAGGGCAGGGAAAUGAAAGGAACGGUCUGGACAUUCGACCACGUAUGGUAGCUACUAUUUACAUUUUGGCCUCAAUCACAGUGCUUAUUAACGUUUACUACGCUGAUGCAAAGUCAAUAUCCC